AAUUGUAGCCCCAACCAACCAACCAAUCAACAUACAAAAAGACGACCCCAGUACGUAAGGAGCUCAGCACCCCACAGAAAAAAUGUCGCUAAAACCCAAAGUAGUGGAAUUUUUUGAAGUCUGGCCGCGUUUGCGUGGCAUUGCGGAGUCGGUGAUAACGUUAAGGAAGGUGGAACGUGCCAUCUGGAACACAAGUUUCAGCGAUGUCUACACAUUAUGCGUGGCACAGCCAGAGCCGAUGGCCGAUCGUCUUUAUAACGAGACCAAAGAAUUUCUCGAAUCGCAUGUGCAGGUGAUGCUGACCAGAAAGGUACUGGAAGACACGCGCGAAGACCAGAAGGAUAACAAAGCCACGUCGGAUUUGCUGCAGCGUUAUUAUACCACGUGGAUGGAGUAUAGCCAGGGAAUCAAGUAUUUGCAUCAGUUGUACAUCUAUUUGAAUCAGCAGCACAUUAAGAAACAAAAGAUCACCGACACGGAAUCCUUCUACGGCAAUCUAUCCAGCGAUGCAGCCGAGCAAAUGGAAAUUGGCGAGCUCGGUCUGGAUAUUUGGCGGGUGUACAUGGUGGAGUUUCUAGCAUCGGAGCUGGUGCGUCACAUACUCGAAGGCAUAGCUGUGGAUCGAGCCAGCAAUGGCACGUUGGACUGGCAUCGCGUGCAAACCAUCAAUGGCGUCAUUCACAGUUUUGUAGAGGUGCAGGACUACAAAAAGACCGGCUCGCUUAAACUCUACCAGGACCUGUUUGAGGCACCCAUGCUGGAGGCUAGCGGCGCAUACUAUACAAAUGAGGCCAACAAGCUACUGCAACGCUGCACAGUCUCGGAAUACAUGCAGGAGGUUAUCAAGAUCCUAGAGUGCGAAAGCAAGCGGGCCAAGAAAUUUCUGCACGUCAGCUCGCUGGCUAAGCUGCGAAAGCAAUGCGAGGAAAAGUUUAUCAACGAUCGUUUGGGUUUCAUAUACUCCGAGUGUCGUGAAAUGGUUUCCGAGGAGCGGCGCCAGGACUUGCGCAACAUGUACAUUGUUCUGAAGCCCAUACCCGACAACUUAAAGGCUGAACUAAUACAAACCUUCUUGGAGCACAUCAAGAACGAGGGUCUUGAGACUGUUAAUGCGCUCAAGGGCGAGAACAUACAUAUUGCCUUCGUGGAGAACAUGUUGAAAGUGCAUCAGAAAUAUCAGGAGCUCAUCGCCGCCGUCUUUGAGAACGAUUCCCUGUUCCUGAGCGCCCUCGACAAGGCCUGUGCCAGUGUGAUCAAUAGACGUCCGAGUGAACGACAACCAUGUCGCAGCGCCGAAUAUGUCGCCAAAUACUGUGAUACGCUGUUAAAAAAAUCGAAAACCUGCGAAGCGGAAAUUGAUCAGAAACUGACUAACAACAUAACCAUAUUUAAAUACAUUGAGGACAAGGAUGUCUAUCAGAAGUUUUAUAGCAGACUAUUGGCCAAACGGCUGAUACACGAGCAGAGCCAGAGUAUGGAUGCAGAGGAAGGCAUGAUCAACAGAUUAAAGCAAGCGUGCGGCUAUGAAUUCACUAACAAGCUGCAUCGCAUGUUUACGGAUAUUUCAGUAUCAGCUGACUUGAAUAAUAAGUUCAACAAUCACUUAAAAGAUGCCGGCAUCGAUUUGGGCAUCAAUCUCUCAAUUAAAGUGCUGCAGGCAGGCGCUUGGCCGUUGGGGUCCACCCAAGUUAUACCUUUUGCGGUGCCACAGGAAUUUGAGAAAUCGAUUAAAAUGUUCGAGGACUAUUACCACAAUUUAUUCAGUGGUCGGAAGCUCACUUGGCUCCAUCACAUGUGUCAUGGUGAGCUAAAGCUGAGCCAUUUGAAAAAAUCCUACAUUGUGACCAUGCAAACGUACCAGAUGGCCGUCAUGCUGCUCUUCGAAACGUGCGACAGCCUGAGCUGUCGUGAGAUACAGAAUACGUUGCAGUUGAACGACGAAACGUUUCAGAAGCACAUGCAGCCCAUGAUUGAGUCCAAGCUGUUGAAUGCCAGCUCAGAGAAUCUCACCGGCGAGACGCGCAUCGAAUUAAAUAUGGAUUAUACAAAUAAGCGGACGAAGUUUAAAAUUAGUUCGGCACUGCAAAAGGAAACACCGCAGGAGGUGGAACACACCAUCAAUUCUGUGGAUGAGGAUCGAAAACUGUUUCUGCAAGCUGCCAUUGUGCGUAUUAUGAAAUCGCGCAAAGUGCUGAAGCACAAUGCAUUGAUUCAAGAGGUGCUCUCUUUACCGAAAGUUAGCUUUACGCCCAAUAUCGCCAUGAUCAAGAAAUGUGUGGAGUCACUAAUUGAUAAACAAUAUAUAGAACGUACUGCGAAUUCGGGCGACGAAUAUAGUUAUAUGGCUUAGACUAUAACGAGGGGGGCAGCAUAGAGAUUACUUACACUAAUUAAACCCACAUAUUGCUGUAAAUCACCCAAUGACUUAUUUCUGUUAAAUUUCCUAAAUCACCCAUCAUGACUAUCAUCCAUGAAUGCACAAUACACCCACAAUACACCCACACACAACCACAACCAUAGAUCACGAUUAUAAUCCCAUUAUAUGAGGAACAACAAAAUGCAAAUUCAGCUACAAAAACACAACUUUUGUCUGAUAAACAAUAGUCUGGAGAUGUUCGACUUAAAUUGUUUGUUUAAUUUGGCGAGUAAAACUGGAAUGAUGUAUGUCCUUAAGGUAAACGACUUUCUGUUUAUAUAUACAUGCAUACAUACAUAAUAUAUAUAUAACUAAUUCUUUAAA